CUUCUCCACCUCCAUUCGAGCUCUUAACUGCAGCCUUGAGUGAUCUGUCUGUUUGGCAAGUAGAUCCCAGGCUGUUGUCACGCCAUGGACCCUCCGGAGACCUUGGAAGCCCUCCAAAUACGCCACCGCAAAGAACAACGCGACCUCCAGGCCCGCAUUACGCAGAAAAAGAAAUCAGCGAGCAAGAAGACGAGGAAGGGCGUAAAUGAUGAGUGUGCCACACUUGAGAGUGAGCUGAAAGAACGUCACUCUCAAGAACUAGCAGCUUUGAAUAGUGAAAAUGGCUUUGCAGCCACAGACGAGGCUCCCGUUGAGGGAGAUCCAGAGGAAGAAGCUCAAAAGGACCCGGAAACAACUACCAACGGCAUAGCGGAAUCACUACAAAAUACAUCCAUAUCCUCUCCCACCUUAGAGUCCGCAGAUUCCCCCGCCUCCAACGAACCGCGAAAGAAGCCAAACCGAGCUAAAGCAAGACUCGCGCGCCGUGCCGCCGAGCAAGACGCCCUCGCUGCCCAAGCUGCCGCUGAAGCAGCUUCUAUGCCGGAUUUGCGAGAGCAAGAACGGAUCAACAUGCGAGGCUAUUUCUCGAAGUACGAAUUGCAGGAAAAGGAGAUUCGGGCUGACGGGCACUGUCUGUACUCAGCUGUUGCUGACCAGAUGGACCAAGCUGGGCUGGGGCUGGAGCCUCGAAUACAACCUACGAUAGCGGAUAAGCAGCUGGAUGGGGUCAGCGAUGCGGAGAAGAAGCUGCCGACAUAUAAGCUUGUGAGGUAUGCUGCUGCGGACUACAUUGAGCAGAAUCCGGACCAGUUUGCUGGAUUUAUGGAAGAGCCUCUUGAGGAGUAUCUGCGUAAAAUACGAGAGACAGGGGAGUGGGGCGGCCAUUUAGAGCUCACUGCUCUAGCGAGACAGUAUGGGAUUCAAAUCAAUGUGCUCCAGGCGAACGGAACCGUGGAGGAGAUAACUCCAGCCGAAGACAGUACUGCUACAGGCGACGACAAGAAAGUGAUUUGGUUAGGGUACUACCAUCACAAUUUUGGAUUGGGCGAGCAUUAUAACUCGCUGCGGAAAGCGGCCUGAAGCUUUUGAUACCAGGCUAUCUCCGCCCUAUACCAGCAUUCGCAGGUCACCGCAACAUCAGUACUUAUGCUUCCAUAUGCUAACCCAAUCGGUGCCUAUCCCAGCUUCGUGCGUUCUCUCCGGCUGCCAGUGCGCUACCCGCUCCAACGCUCUCUCGUUGUCCCUUACUGGCUUCCGAACCACUACAUUCAUAUCCUC